GCGUUGUGUCGCAGCAGUUAUCUGACCACAUGGUUGUCGUGCCCGGUGGACGAUCGGGCGCUGCCUGGCCAUACUCGUUGCGACCGCCACUUACCGCCAUCAGCGAUCUAACCUCGAGCUCCAUCGUGGAGAAGAAGUUCGGUCGAAUGAACUCCCUACAAACGCCACAUGGCUGCUAAUACGCCUUCUCCAGCCGUCCGCCUUUCUGCCGGGCAGCGACGCCAACACUAUAAAGUCUGCUCUUCCGUGCCCUCAUCCUCAUCAGGUCUCCCCCUCCUGAACUCCUCGAAGCCCUUCACUGGCCUUUCGUCGCUCUCCUUACCCGUUCGCCAUGUUCUGCAAAGCCUCCCUCGUUACAGUCGCUCUCGCGCUCAUCGCUGCCGCGAGUCCCCUCAAGGACGCCGGCAUCUCCAUCCCCCUCGCCAAGCGUUCGUCCCUCACGAACCCCGACGGCACGUUCAACCACGAGAAGGCCAUCCUGUCGACCAUCCAGACCAAGAACAAGCACCGGGCGAACCUGAUCAACUUGGAGAAGAACGUCGGAAGCCAUGUCUUCAAGGAGGGCGCUGAGAUCAAGCCCCUCGCUGUCGUCCCCGAGAGCCUCGCCAAGCGCCAGAGCGAGGCCCUCACCGACGAGGAGGACGACCUGGAGUGGGCCGGCACGAUCUCCGUCGGCACCCCCGCCCAGAAGUUCCUGAUCGACUUCGACACCGGCUCCUCCGACCUCUGGCUCCCGUCGUCCGCUUGCACGAGCUCGACCUGCAAGAGCAAGAGCAAGUACACCGCGGCCUCUUCGUCGACCAGCGUCAAGAAGAGCGGCUCUUUCUCCAUCGAGUACGGUGAUGGCUCUACCGUCUCUGGCCCCAUCUACACCGACACCGUUGCGGUCGCCGGUAUCACCGCGAAGACGCAGUACUUCUCGCCUGUGACCACCCUUUCGAGCUCGUUCGCGGACGACCCGAUCGAUGGUAUCCUGGGCCUUGCUUACCCCGCCAUCUCGAACCUGAACGAGUCCCCCUUCUUCAACACCGCGUUCUCGCAAGGCGCUGUGACGUCGAACGUCUUCGGGUUCAAGCUCGCCUCCUCUGGCUCUGAGCUGUACCUCGGCGGCACUGACAGCAAGCUGUACACGGGCGCGAUCGAGUACCACUCCAUCGACACCUCGACCGGCUUCUGGCAGCUGACGGGCGCGAAGGCGCUCGUCGGCUCUACGACGGCCAACUCUGGCUUCGAGACCAUCAUCGACAGCGGCACCACGAUCAUGUACGGUCCCCCCUCCGCCGUCAAGACCUUCUACAGCAAGGUCAGCGGCUCGGCCGUGUACGACUCGUCGGAGGGCUACUACUCCUUCCCGUGCUCUUCGCCCCCCUCUGUGUCCUUCUCCUGGGGCGGCAAGUCCUGGACCAUCUCGGCCGACAACUUCUCGCUCGGUGAGACCAGCACGGGCUCCGGCAAGUGCGUCGGCGCGCUUGCAGGCCAGGACAUCGGUCUCGGCAGCAACGUGUGGCUGCUCGGCGACAGCUUCAUGAAGAACGUCUACACCGCGUUCAACUUCGGCACCAACUCCGUCGGCUUCGCCACCCUUGCUUGAUUGGCUGCUGCAUCUGUAUGUUAUGUCCCGGACUGGACGAUACCCCAAGCCCCUGCAGUAGACCGCAAUUUGUUGUGUAGUUCUAAAUGCAUCACUAUCCUUUGCUCUGUUUUGAAUAUACAUCCGUUGUGCGAUCACUUCC